AAACUAGCCGUUACACGACACACCAUAGCAAAGACAGACAGAGAAAAAAAAAAAAACUCUUAAAUCUACGCUUCCUUCCUCCAAAAACAAGAUCCUAAGCUCUUCUUUCUUCUCUUGUUCAUUUUUACAAUAACUCUGCCUCUUUCUUCUUUGAUUUUUCUCUUCUUCUUUUAGGAUUCUUUGAUUCUUUCUAAAACGAAGAGCGCUUAUCCUUGUAAAAUGAAUGGAUUUUACAAAAACCCAUCUCGAGUUCUUCCCAAGGGAGGAAAAAGCUAUAGACUUCACCUGGGUUUCUUCACAAAUCUCCUCUUCUGCCUCUCACUGUUCACUCCUCAAGCUAUUGCGGGCCACCACCCCUUGGAUGGUGUGAUCGUGACUCAGGCGAACUACCAGGCCCUUCGUGCCAUCAAACACGACCUCAUUGACUUCGCCGGCAUUCUCAGGACCUGGAACGACUCCGGCCAUGGCGUCUGCUCCGGCGGCUGGGCCGGAAUCAGGUGCCUUAGAGGCCAGGUCAUCGCUAUUCAGCUCCCGUGGAAAGGCCUCGGCGGCAGAAUCUCCGAGGAAGUCGGAAAACUCACCGCUCUCAGAAAGCUUAGCCUUCACGACAAUGUCAUUGCCGGUUCCAUCCCUCAGUCCCUCGGCUUCCUCCGCAAUCUCCGCGGAGUCCAUCUUUUCAACAAUCGCCUCUCGGGUUCGAUCCCUGCCUCCAUUGGUAACUGCCCUCUUCUCCAAAAUCUUGAUCUGAGCAAUAAUCAGUUAUCCGGGUCCAUCCCUUCUCGUCUGGCCGUUUCCACCAGGCUUUACAGGCUCAACCUUAGCUAUAAUUCGCUUUCUGGUCCACUUCCCGUUAGUCUCACCCGGCCAUAUACACUCACGUUUCUUGAUCUUCAGCACAAUAACCUCUCUGGUUCAAUCCCUGUCUCUUGGGGAGAUCAAACACUGAGAAAUGAGUCCCAUCCUCUCAAAAUCUUGAACCUCAAUCAUAAUCUCUUCUCUGGAACUGUUCCUCCGUCUCUUGGGAAGCUUGUCUUGUUAGAACAUGUCUCUCUAGAUCAUAACCAGAUCUCCGGGGUCGUUCCCCGGGAGUUGGGAACUCUUUCAAACCUUCAGAACCUUGAUCUGUCUUUCAAUUCGAUCAUCGGGACCAUUCCAAACAGCUUCACCAACCUUUCCUCUCUAGCUUUGCUGAAUCUCGAAAACAACCGCCUCAACGGGCGAAUCCCGGAAGCCAUUGAUGGGAUGCAGAAUCUUAUAUUGCUUAACCUCAAGAGGAACAAGUUUGAAGGCCGAAUUCCCGAGACCAUAGGGAACAUCUCCAGAAUCAGUCAGCUCGAUCUGUCUGAAAACAACUUCACCGGGCAAAUCCCCCAAUCUCUGAUCAAUCUUGCGAAUCUCUCUUCUCUAAACGUCUCGUUCAACAGCCUGUCCGGACCCGUCCCACCUCCUCUCGCCAGAAAGUUCAACUCGAGUUCUUUUGUCGGAAACCUUCAGCUCUGUGGCUUCAACGCCUCAAACCCAUGUCCUUCUCCAACUCACCCUCCGAAUCUUUCGCCACCAGCAGAAACCCAACAACCUCAAAAACACCACCACCACCACAGAAAACUAUCCGCUAAAGACAUAAUUCUCAUCGCCAUUGGAGCUCUUUUAGCUGUUCUGCUCCUGUUAUGCUGCAUCCUACUCUACUGCCUCAUGAAGAAACGCUCUGCUCUGAAACAAAAGGAAGGGAAGAUCUCAACAAGGUCCGCCCCCGAGAAGGCGGCAGAAUCAGCAGCAGGAGGCGAGAUGGGAGGAAAGCUGGUGCAUUUCGAAGGCCCGUUUGUGUUCACGGCCGACGAUCUUCUGUGUGCUACGGCUGAGAUAAUGGGGAAGAGUGCUUAUGGGACGGUUUACAAGACGACGCUUGAGGACGGUAACGAGGUGGCGGUGAAACGGCUGAGGGAAAAGAACACGAAAGGGGUGAAAGAGUUUGAAGCAGAGGUGGCGGCCUUGGGGAAGAUUCGGCAUCCAAAUCUUCUGGCACUUAGGGCUUAUUACUUGGGUCCCAAGGGAGAGAAGUUGAUCGUCUUUGACUACAUGCCUAAGGGAAGCCUCUCUUCGUUUCUUCACGCUCGAGGCCCAGAGAGUCUAAUCCCGUGGGAAACGAGAAUGAAGAUAGCGAAAGGAAUAGCUCGAGGCCUUUCUCACCUCCACACAAAGGAGAACAUGGUCCACGAGAAUCUCACAGCGAGCAACAUCCUCCUGGACGAGCAGACAAAUGCUCUGAUCGCCGAUUACGGUCUCUCCAGUCUCAUGACUGCGGCAGCGGCCACAAACGUGAUCGCGACGGCUGGGACGCUCGGCUACCGAGCUCCAGAGUUCUCCAAGAUGAAGUACGCGAGCACAAAGACAGAUGUCUACAGCCUAGGAGUCAUAAUACUGGAGCUUCUGACGGGGAAGUCCCCCGGAGAGACGACGAAUGGAUUGGAUCUGCCUCAGUGGGUUGCUUCCGUCGUGAAAGAGGAGUGGACCGGUGAAGUAUUCGAUUUGGAGUUGAUGAGAGAGGCUCAGCACGUUAGGGACGAGCUUCUCAACACUCUGAAGAUGGCUCUGCAUUGUGUGGAUCCCUCGCCGGAGGCUAGGCCGGAAGCUCUGGAAGUUCUUCAGCAGCUGGAGGAGAUUCAGCCGGAGCUGGCCGAGAUUCUGCCGGAUCCGGCGACAGAGACGGUGGAGGCGGCUGGUUCCGGCGAUGGAGAAGCAGAGGAGCAUACAUACAAAGGAUGAAUAAAAAAAAAGGUUCGGAGUGGAAGAAUAGGAGGUUUGUCAUAUAUAUAUGACAUGUUCGUUUCUCACGGAAGCUGUUUAUUAUUAUUUUUAUUUUACAAUUUUUGUAAAUCGGGUAGCCCGACCAAAUCCAAAAACCGAUUUAAGUCUAACCCCAUUUUUCGGAUCUGCAUAUUCAAAUCCGAACCGGAUCAUUUUUCAUGCAUAUAUCUUCCUAAUAAAAUCACUAUAAACUUGAUUUG